CGGCGAGAGGUAUCCUCGUCGACGACAGGAUGACGAGAAAGCUCAGCAAGUUUUUAAUACUUUUCGACAAUACGAAUCUAUUGUAUUUCCCCGGGCACUUCUUGUCCGGCCGUGUCCUCAUCGAAUUGGACGACGAAGCAUAUGUCUCGGGACUGCACUUCCAUGUUAUCGGAGAAGGGGUAGUUCGGGUGCGCAGCCAACGUGCCGAGAGAGUUUACGACAAAGAGAAUUACAUCGAUUUUCGCAUGCGGCUGUUGGGUGAACCAGGCGAAGGACCGUCAUUACUUUCCCCGGGCAUACACAGCUUUCCCUUUAAAUUGGGCUUACCGUUGGGUCUACCCUCUACUUUCCUUGGAAAGCAUGGAUGGGUGCAAUAUUAUUGCAAGGCGGCUCUUCGCGAGCCAGGUGGACUUACGCAUAAAAAUCAACAAGUCUUUAUCGUCAUGAAUCCGAUAGACUUAAAUCUGGAACCUCCGAUAUUAGCGCAACCUGCGAGGCAAGAGAUCGAACAGCGCGUAGGUGUCUCUUGCGUAUCGGGUGGUCCGGUAUUCUGCAGGGUGAGUCUGGAUCGGGGCGGAUACGUACCUGGGGAAACGAUCGGUAUUUCUGCGACUGUCAGUAAUCGUAGUAAGGUGACGAUGAAGUCGACAAAAGCAUCACUCACCGAAACAAUACAGUACUUGUGUCGAGGGAAGGUGCUUGCUAGCGAGACUCGCGAGUUGGCUAGUGUCUCUAGGGGUAAAAUUCGACCGGGCGAAGGCGAGGAAUGGCUAAACGAACAAAUGUAUGUUCCCCCUUUGCCACCAACGAAUCUGAGAGGAUGUCACUUAAUUAACGUUCUUUAUCACGUUUACUUUGUUAUAAGCCCAAAGAGUUUGGAUAAAGAAAUCAAGUUACAAAUACCCAUCGUAUUGGCUACGUACCCUCUGAGACCGGAGGGUGCACCAGCUGGUACAGCACCAUCCAAACGAGGCGCUCAUUACCCAUCGACGCUACCCAUCUUUCGACCCUGGCUCGACGACAAAGCUUUCGAAAUACAAGAGUGAAAACCAUGAAUAUGAUUUAUAUAUUUUAAAUUUGUGAUGGGCAUGUAAGAAAAAGGUACUAAUUUUUUGUAAUCACAAGCAGAUUGUGAUUAUAACAUUGUAAUUUCAUACGCCUGCAAUUAUGCCAAAACAUUUUAACGAAUUCUUGUUAUACUACUAGCCACAGCAAUAUUUGUGUAAAAUUUCAAGGAAUCGAUGUCGAUCUUUGGAAGUAUCGAACCUGGUGCAAUUAUAUAGUACGUAGUUUUAUUGGGAUAAAUUUUAAUAUAUACAUUAAAUUUUAUCAAUAUUGACGAAAUUCUAUGUGUAAUAUGCAUGUGAACAAUAAUGCCAUAAUUAUCUUCACAAGAAACACAAAUGUAUAAAUUGUAUAAUAUUGUAUAAAAUAACUGACUUUGACAGACAUAUACA